AUGCGGCUCUGGAGUUGGGUGCUGCGCCUGGGGCUGCUGAGCGCCGCGCUGGGCUGCGGGCUGGCCGAGCGCCCCCGCCGGGCCCGGAGAGACCCGCGGGCCGGCCGCCCCCCGCGCCCCGCCGCCGGCCCGGCCACCUGCGCCACCCGGGCGGCCCGCGGCCGCCGCGCCUCGCCGCCGCCGCCGCCGCCGCCGCCGCCGGGCGGUGCCUGGGAAGCCGUGCGCGUCCCCCGGCGGCGGCAGCAGCGGGAGGCAAGGGGCGCCGCGGAGGAGCCGAGCCCGCCGAGCCGGGCGCUCUAUUUCAGCGGGCGAGGCGAGCAGCUGCGCCUGCGAGCCGACCUCGAGCUGCCCCGGGACGCGUUCACGCUGCAAGUGUGGCUGCGAGCAGAGGGGGGCCAGAGCUCUCCGGCGGUGAUCACAGGGCUCUAUGACAAAUGUUCUUAUGCCUCACGUGACCGAGGAUGGGUCGUGGGCAUUCACACCGUCAGUGACCAAGGCAGCAGAGACCCACGCUACUUUUUCUCCUUGAAGACAGACCGGGCCCGGCAAGUGACCACCAUCAAUGCCCACCGCAGCUACCUCCCAGGCCAGUGGGUGUACCUGGCUGCCACCUACGACGGGCGGCUGAUGAAGCUCUACAUGAACGGUGCCCAGGUGGCCACCUCGGGGGAGCAGGUGGGCGGGAUCUUCAGCCCCCUGACCCAGAAGUGUAAAGUGCUCAUGCUGGGAGGCAGCACCCUGAACCACAACUACCGGGGCUACGUGGAGCGCUUCAGCCUGUGGAAGGUGGCCAGGACGCAGCGCGAGAUCGUGCUGGACAUGGGGACCCGCGGCCCCCAGGGCCCUCUACCUCAGCUGCUCCUGCAGGAGAACUGGGACAAUGUGAAGCGGGCCUGGUCCCCCAUGAAGGACGGCAGCAGCCCCCGCGUGGAGGUCAGCGGCGCCCCCGGCUUCCUGCUGGACACCAGCCUGGAGCCGCCGUUGUGCGGGCAGACGCUCUGCGACAGCCCCCAGGUCAUCGCCAACUACAACCAGCUGCCGCGGCUCCGCCGGCCCAAGGUGGUGCGCUACCGCGUGGUCAACCUCCAUGACGACGACCGGGAGAACCCCACCGUGAGCCGGCAGCAGAUCGACUUCCAGCACCGGCAGCUGGCCGAGGCCUUCAAGCACUACAACAUCUCCUGGGAGCUCGAGGUGCUGGAGGUGAGCAACUCCUCGUUGCGCCGCCGCCUCAUCCUGGCCAACUGCGACAUCAGCAAGAUCGGGGACGAGAACUGCGACCCCGAGUGCAACCACACGCUGACCGGCCACGACGGCGGGGACUGCCGCCACCUACGCCACCCCGCCUUCGCCAAGAAGCAGGAGAAUGGGGUGUGCGACAUGGACUGCAACUACGAGCGCUUCAACUUCGACGGCGGCGAGUGCUGUAACCCCAACAUUACCGAUGUCACCAAGACCUGCUUCGAGCCCGACAACCAGUACAGAGCGUACGUGGAUGUUAAUGAGAUGAAGAACAUUCUUAGACUGGAUGGAUCAACACACCUCAACAUCUUCUUUGCAAACUCCUCGGAGGAGGAGUUGGCAGGCGUAGCAACUUGGCCAUGGGACAAGGAGGCCCUGAUGCACUUAGGUGGCAUCGUCUUGAAUCCAGCUUUCUACGGCAUCCCUGGGCACACCCACACCAUGAUCCAUGAGAUUGGGCACAGCCUGGGCCUCUACCACAUCUUCCGAGGCAUCUCGGAAAUCCAGUCUUGCAGCGACCCCUGCAUGGAGACAGAGCCCUCCUAUGAGACCGGAGACCUCUGCAGUGACACCAACCCAGCUCCGAAACACAAGUUCUGCGGCGACCCGGGGCCAGGGAACGACACGUGUGGCUUCAACAGCUUCUUCAACACUCCAUAUAACAACUUCAUGAGCUACGCAGACGACGACUGCACGGACUCCUUCACGCCCAAUCAGGUCGCCAGGAUGCACUGUUACCUGGACCUGGUGUACCAGGGCUGGCAGCCCUCCAGGAAGCCGGCGCCCAUCGCCCUCGCCCCCCAGGUCGUGAGCCACACGGCCGACUCUGUGAUGCUGGAGUGGUUCCCUCCCAUCGACGGCCACUUCUUUGAAAGAGAAUUGGGAUCAGCAUGUGACCUUUGUCUGGAAGGGAGAUACCUGGUGCAAUACGCCUUCAACGCCUCCUCCCCGAUGCCCUGCGGCCCAUCAGGACACUGGAGUCCUCGGGAAGCAGAAGGUCAUCCAGAUGUUGAGCAGCCCUGUAAGUCCAGCGUCCGCACCUGGAGCCCCAAUUCAGCCGUCAACCCACAUACGAUCCCUCCAGCCUGCCCUGAGCCCCAAGGCUGCCACCUGGACCUGAGAUUCCGCUACCCCUUGGUCCCCGAAUCUUUGACUGUCUGGGUGACCUUUGUCUCCACUGACUGGGACUCUAGUGGGGCUGUCAAUGAUAUCAAACUCUUGGGUGUCAGUGGGAAUAACAUCUCCCUGGGGCCUCAGAACAUCUUCUGUGAUGUCCCGCUGACCAUCAAGCUCCGGGAUGUGGGCGAGGAGGUGUAUGGCGUCCAGAUCUACACGUUGGAUGAGCACCUGGAGAUUGACGCGGCCAUGCUGACCUCCGUGGCAGACAGCCCACUCUGCCUGGAGUGUAAGCCGCUGCGGUACAAGGUGGUUCGGGAUCCUCCUCUCCAGGUGGACGUGGCCUCCACUCUGCACUUCGGUAGAAGGUUCACAGACACAGAUGUCCGUCUUGGCAGUGUGUACCAGUAUUGGGUCAUCGCUAUUUCAGGAAAUGAAGAGAGUGAGCCGUCACCUGCUGCCACAUACAUCCACGGAAGUGGGUACUGUGGUGAUGGCAUCAUUCAGAGAAGCCAAGGUGAAGAGUGUGAUGACAUGAAUAAGAUCAAUGGGGAUGGCUGCUCCCUCUUCUGUCGGCAGGAAGUCUCCUUCAACUGUAUUGAUGAACCCAGCCGGUGCUAUUUCCAUGAUGGUGACGGAGUAUGUGAGGAGUUUGAACAGAAAACCAGCAUCAAGGACUGUGGUGUCUACACGCCCCAGGGGUUCCUGGAUCAGUGGGCGUCCAAUGCCACAGUGUCCCACCAAGACCAGCAGUGCCCAGGCUGGGUCAUCAUUGGCCAGCCAGCAGCGUCCCAGGUGUGUCGGACCAAGGUGAUCGAUCUCAGCGAAGGCAUCUCCCAGCAUGCCUGGUACCCUUGCACCAUCAGCUACCCAUAUUCCCAGCUGGCUCAGACCACUUUCUGGGUCCGGGCGUACUUUUCUCAACCAAUGGUCGCUACCGCCGUCAUCGUCCACCUGGUGACCGAUGGGACCUACUAUGGGGACCAAAAGCAGGAAACCAUCAGCGUCCAGCUGCUUGAUACCAAAGAACAGAGCCACGAUCUAGGCCUCCACGUUCUGAGCUGCCGGAACAAUCCCCUGAUUAUCCCUGUGGUCCAUGACCUCAGCCAGCCCUUCUACCACAGCCAGGCGGUACGCGUGAGCUUCAGUUCACCCCUGGUCGCCAUCUCGGGGGUGGCCCUCCGCUCCUUCGACAACUUUGACCCCGUCACCCUGAGCAGCUGCCAGAGAGGGGAGACCUACAGCUCUGCGGAGCAGAGCUGUGUGCACUUCGCAUGCGAGGCCGCGGACUGCCCAAAGCUGGCUGUGGAGAACGCUUGGCUCAACUGCUCUGGCGCUGACGGCCACCACGGCGCCCAGUGCACCGUGCGCUGUCGGACCGGCUAUGUGCUCCAGAUUCAGCGGGACGACGAGCUGAUCAAAAGCCAGACAGGACCCAGCGUCACGGUGACCUGUACGGAGGGCAAGUGGAACAAGCAGGUGGCGUGCGAGCCAGUGGACUGCGGCGUCCCAGAUCAGCACCACGUCUACGCCGCCUCGUUCUCCUGCCUCGAGGGCACCACCUUCGGCAGCAAGUGUUCCUUCCAGUGCCGCCACCCGGCGCAGCUGAAAGGCAACAACAGCCUCCUGACCUGCAUGGAGGACGGGCUGUGGUCCUUCCCGGAGGCCCUGUGCGAGCUCAUGUGCCUGGCUCCGCCCCCGGUGCCCAACGCGGACCUCCAGACGGCCCGGUGCCGCGAGAGCAAACACAAGGUGGGGUCAUUCUGCAAGUACAAGUGCAGACCUGGAUACCACGUGCCCGGCUCCUCCCGGAAGUCAAAGAAACGGGCCUUCAAGACCCAGUGUACCCAGGAUGGCAGCUGGCAGGAGGGAGCUUGUGUUCCUGUGACGUGUGACCCCCCUCCACCGAAAUUCCACGGACUGUACCAGUGCACCAACGGCUUCCAGUUCAACAGUGAAUGCAGGAUCAAGUGUGAAGACAGCGAUGCCACCCAGGGCCGCGGGAGCAACAUCAUCCACUGCCGGAAAGAUGGCACCUGGAGCGGCUCCUUCCACGUCUGCCAGGAGAUGCAAGGCGAGUGCUCGGCCCCAGACCAGCUCAACAGCAAUCUCAAGCUGCAGUGCGCUGAGGGCUAUGCCAUAGGGUCCGAGUGCACCACCUCCUGCCUGGACCACAACAGCGAGUCCAUCGUCCUGCCAGUGAACGUGACCGUCCGCGACAUCCCCCACUGGCUGAACCCCACGCGGGUACAGAGAGUGGUCUGCACGGCUGGUCUCAAGUGGUAUCCUCACCCUGCCCUGAUUCACUGCGUCAAAGGUUGUGAGCCCUUCAUGGGAGACAAUUACUGCGAUGCCAUCAACAACCGAGCCUUCUGCAACUAUGAUGGUGGAGAUUGCUGCGCUUCUACAGUGAAGACCAAAAAGGUCACACCCUUCCCCAUGUCUUGUGACCUACAGGGUGACUGUGCUUGCCGGGACCCCCAGGCCCAAGAACACAGCCGGAAAGACCUCCGAGGAUACAGCCAUGGCUAAGGAAGGACAAGGAGUUGUCAAAGAAUUCCCAACGCCAGGACCCGCAUCCCUUUGGUAUUGAUUUCACAGUCAGCUGCUCAACGGAAUGGCCUCUCCACACCAGGGAUCCUUAGCACCCAACCGGUCUGCCUUUAAUUUCACCCAGGAAGGACUCGUAGAGUGGGCGUGUGAACCAAGUCUCGCCACGUUGAAUGAUGGAGUAGAAUCCCAUCUCAAAGUCUUAGAAAGAUUGCACUUACAGCGUGCAGUCCCUGAGCCUCCUAAAAUUCUAACCAUUUGUCACAUGACCACAGCGAGAAACAUAUUCUGUAUCUAGGAGUGUGCCCAUCUGUGGUUAGUACGCGUGCAUGCAUACGCACCCAUGCAAACAUCCGUGGGAGGGCAGUUUUGGAGACUGAGCAGAGAGAGACUGGGACGGACUCAAUCCUUCCUCUCCCAGGCUCUUAACCAACACUGUCCUUGGGAGAAAGAGAGUUACAGAAACUGCUAAGACCAAGUGUUAAAUGCCAAGGUAGCUCACACCCUGAGGCUUAUAGAAUGCGUAAGGUGUGCCUGAGUGUGCAGUCCUUUGGGAUUGGAAGUGAAAUGGUCUCUGAUCACCUCCCUUCUAGGGAAGUAGGACCCGAGGAAGAGGUAAAGAAUCCAAGGUAUGCGAAGCCCCCAGGGUUCGAGGCCAAGCUGGAAAUGGCUUAGGAUUGCAAUGUCAAGGUAUUAUAAUAGCCCCCGGCUUGAGGCCAUAAUAUCCCUCACAUCCCCCACAUCUUGCCUUGGGACCACACUUGCUGCUACUUUUCCAGCUGCUCUAUCCUAUACAUUGAGGACCCCAAGGUGGUAGGACUAGGUUAGGAAAAACCCCCACACAACCAAACAGUCUGCCUUAAAAGUGACCCACAUUUCCCCACCACUCCUCACGUCUUAGUCCUUCUGCAAGGCAAAACCCCUCAUUGGCCCACGUGGUGAGAAGUGAAGGCCCCCCUGGGUGGGCUUCUCAUCCUGGAAGGGAACUGAGGGGCUUAAGAUGCUGGAACCCCCACCGAGAGUCCAGAAUGUCUAAGCCAGUGUUAGAUUUUAUAAGCAAGAGGAACAGUGUUACAUUUCUAUGAUGUCAGAACCCUCCGGAAACUGUUGGGAUGGCAGGGACUCUUGGGUUAGCAUCCUUAUCCAAGUCUUCCUGCCCCUCCAAGGCGAGAGCAGGCUUUGGGUCUGAGGACCUCAUUGUGCCCUGAGUAGCAAUAGUUCUGGAGCAGAGAAGCGUCUCAGAUGGGAUCCACACCUGGACUGUGUUCUAGAGGGGCCUUCAGGGGAUAGCCCAAGGGUUCCCAGCCUUGGUCCCCACCCACCCAGCAUGGUCAUCAUGCCUUCCACAGAGCCUUCAGCUCCCAUACUCCCGUCCACCUCUGUCCUAGGGUGGCCCUUGCCUCUCUCCCAUGUCCAGCCUCCAAAAGUUAAGAGGAAAUUAGCCAGAUGCUCACAGAAGCCCCCACCUCUUUGGGGUCCUUUUUGUUCAGCCAGUUAACCUGUCCACUCCUUUUGAAUUAGUAAGGGAGGUGAGGAAUACAGAAUGAGGUGGAAAGAAGGCUGACAUUUACCCUGAUCUCUGAAACUGAGAAAGCGAGGUGAUGGGAGGGUCUAAGGCAGAGAUAUUGCAUAAAUAUUGCCCCCAAUCAUCUCAAAUCUAGUGAAGACAACCAACCAAAAAACCAAUGGCAUAGACAUGGAAGGUACCAAGCAUGUGGCCGACUCUCCUCACUCCUGCAUCCAGCACAGUCGCUGUUCAUCAGCUAGAGCCUUUUUUUUUUUUUCUUUUCCAACGGGGACCAAAAAUAACUUCAGAAACCUUCCUACUGUUCUCUCUCCCAGCAGCAGCUAACUGCUGACCGAGAACACUUGAGAAGACGUCUGUUGGCCAUCUGUGGUCUGUUACAUUAAUAACUAUAUCAAGGUGCUUUUCGUACAGGUGCCCACAAAUGAGGAUGCAGUGCUUAGAUAGUUUUGUGUGGCUUCUGCCAUGUUACAAUCUCCGAGAUUGGGUUCCAGGCAUGCCAUUGUUAAGGCCUGACUCAAAUCCAUUAUAUUUCCUUCUUACAAACUUGUAUCUCAUUUAUACUGAGGGCAUGCUUUUUUUUUUCCCUUUAAUUACCAGGGCCAAUCUUUGGCAAAAGAAUAAUAAUUGUAUAAGCAUCGAUUCCAUUUUGUACCCCUCUCCAGUAUCUUAGAACUCUUGCCAACUCUUCAAGUCCCCUCAUGCCCUUGCUGAGUUAUCAACCUGAGUGGUGCUAGAUAGGAAGGAACAAAUGAGGUAAGAUGUUAAUAGAGGUGGCUCUCCCAGCUGCUUUUUUUUUUAACAUCAGUAAGUAGCGCAAAGAGCCUGGGAGACCUGAAGACAACAUUCCUGAUGGUGGGGUGGCAGGAACCACAGCAGAACCUCACCAGCUUCCUUUCAGCCCACUCUCAUGCUCUUUCCUCUUCCACUCAAACACAUUCCACAGCCGACUUCUGCCUUCAGAGUCUCAGAUUGAUCAAGCCCUUCUCAGCCAAGUGUCUCCCAGUCUCCUCCUCACCAUCAUUCAAACCUGCUACUCACAAAUUCCUAUUUGCCAGGGAUAUUAGGUGGGAGAGGCUGCCUGGUGGGUGGGCAGCCUCAGUCCCACAUGCAAGGUGUCACUGAUAGGUCCUUCUCCUACCUUAGUGGAGGACGGUCAGCUCCAUGAAUGCAGUGCACUGAUACUCGGCUUCAUUUUCUUUCUGGGGAUAAACUCAUUCUCUGACCCCUUUAUCAACUUCAGUUUAGGACGGCGGAGUACUCACAGGAGGAAGCUCUGCUGCACUAUUGUCUAUCAGCAGCUCAGAGGUCCUAAAGCACUUGGAGGUUCUGAAGAUGGAUUAGCUUCUUCAGAACUUUCUUCAGAACAUGGAGGUUCUGAAGAAGGAUUCACCUGUUAACAGCAAGAAAGAAAAGAUCAGGUGGACAGGUCGCCAAGCCUUCUCUUAGGAAGACUUUCCGAGCCACAGCCCUACUGGCUGCCAGAGGACCUGUGUUAUCCCCUAGAUUCUGUGCCAACCACCUUUUAAGGAAAGACAACCCUUGGGAAGUCCAUUCUGGAGGCUGCAUGGGGGGUGUUAUGAAAGGGGGAGAUGAGUGGUUGUAACUAGUAGGGCUCUGAGGAUGGAGGGUAUCAGCUGCUUCUCCUGGCUUCAGCAUGUUGAGUCACUGCCUAGACAGUGAUCUUGGUCUUUUUCCCACCUUGGCCAAUGCUUCGAUGCUAUUUGUUGACAAUAAUUCUUUGAGAGAGAUUCUGGCUACCUCCCUUCCAGGUUUGGUUUAACUUGGUUCUGUCAGUUUGUUAUAGGUCUUACCUGUGUUAAGAAAGGAAAGAAAGAGAGGAAGAAAAAGAGGAGAAAAGAGGGAAGGAAGAAAGGAAACCAUAAAUUCAAGUUAACAGAUCUGAGGUUUUUGUGUUGUUGUUGUUUUUUUUUUUUUUCUCCUCAAACUACUUCAAAGUAGGGAAAAUAUAAAAGAAGAGCUGGAUGGUGACAAAGCUGUACAGAUAGAGAUUAAUAGAAGACAAAGAGAUUAAAAAGUAAAGCAUGAUUAAAAAUAAGAAUUUUAAGAAAACCUAUUUUUGUGCUUCCUGAAGAACAUUCUUUAUUCUACAGACUGAGUAGGUAGACACAGUCUAAAGAUUUCCCUAGCAGGAGUAGAGUGGGGUUUUAUAGCGCUGUCUGUUCUUUUCUGUACAUUGUGGUAGGUUCAGGAAAUAAGGCAUCUUUCCCCUUAAUAUGUAGUUGAUAUUGUUGGGGGGGGUGUGCAUUUUGUCUAUUUGUAUGGUUGUCAAUCAGUAACAGUAGGGAGUGGGGAGGGCUUGAAAUCGUUUUUUUUUUUUUUCUUUUUCCUAAUAUUAAGGGGACAUACUGUGUUGCGCUUUUCACAUUAUGAAAUGUUUGUAUUUACCGUUAGAGCACUGGGCUUUCUAAAGUCUGCACUUAGAAUCACGCUGCACAGUCCACUUUCCUAAGAAGCUGCUACAUGACCAGACAGGUAAUUCCCAUGGUUUUCGAGAAACAGAACAAACCAAGCAAAUAACAGACAUAAAACUAAACAGCAAAAGAAUCAAAGCCUAUUCUUGGCAAUUUGCUCACGUUUUGCCAAAUUCCUCCCAACUGUUUGAUCUUGAAGAGCAAUGUGUCAUAGCCAAGAGAGGAAUUAUGUCCCUCGAGUGAGAACACAGAAUUCUUGACUCCAGGCAGCAGUUUGCUCCAUGAUCUUAAACAAGUCAUGAUAUUGCCUCUCCAAUUUGCCUCAGUUUCUCCAGCUGCAAAAUGGGGAUAAUACUACUUAACCUACCUCACAGCGGGAGGGCAGGGGAUUGUGAGGCCCUGAGGCUUCUAAGGGGCUGCGGCAAUCUACUUGAGAGCCAGUCUGUGAGAGCCUGACACAGCGUCUAUGGGUUACUUUUCAAGAAUGCACAGGCCCACCGGCCACUCGGGAAAGACAGGGAGUGCUCAUUCGGUAUUUCAAGGAAUGGAGGUGAGCUCCUAGAUUAGAACCCACCUUGAGAGAGGCUUGCAUUUGAGAAUAUCUUACUUGUAGAUAAGUUGGACUUUCUCCCCUUAUUCAGGCCUUUACCAGUUCUGUAAUUUGAUUUAAAAAACAAAACAAAACAGUGACUUCCUGCAGUGUAAAAGUCAGUUCACUGCUUAUUCAAGACUUCCAGGCCACUUCCAGCUUUACAGAGGAAGGGAGUCCCUAAGUUCUCUUUUUCUUCUCAGACUUAAAAUUCCACAUCGAGUGUUCCAUUAAAAGAAGAUACGGCAUUCUGAGUGCAAACUCGGGGUUUCUUAAAUUCUACACCAGCAGUCAGUGAGGAGAAGUUUGAACAAUUAAUUGACUUGCUUUCUUGGGUCUCUAUAAUCAAUAACCUGUCCGCAGAUAUCUAUCUAUAUAAAGAUAUUAUAUAUAAAUAUAAAUUUACAUAUAUAUGCACAUGUAUAUAUAGUUGUACAUAUAUGUGUGUAUAUAUAUACUUAAAUGUAAUAUUUACAAAAUAAAACUGUGAUCUCGUCUAGAGAAAAUGUAUUCAUAUUACAAGCGGCUCUUCCAUAUUUAUGUAUCAUAUUAUACCUUUUUAUUAUUGUUAUAAUUAUUAUGGGUAUUUCUAAUGAUGAUGAUGUUGAAAUCUGUUUGGCAUCUUCUGGAAACUACCAAAAAUGACUCUCCAUUGAUAUGCUUAAAAAUCUGUUCUCAAGAAAAUUCUACUGGCCUACUAUUAAAAAAAGAGAAAAGAAAAAAAAAAAAAUAAUAAUAAUCUAAUCACCAAAACAAAACACAACUCCAACCCUUUUUCUGUACCUCACGCGCAUAAAUUUGCUGCUCCUUUUUUGGGUUUUAUUUUUUCCUGUUUAUGUGUUUUUAUGGAUCUAAGUUAAGUCUUUCAGCAAUAUAUAAAAAUGUAAAUAGUAAACUUUAUUUAUUAAGAAUGUCAUCUUUUUUUAAUUUAUAUUUACACAAUUGUUCAUCUAAUUUAUUUUUUCUAUACGGUUUUAAAUACUCAGACAUAUUUUGCUGUUCAUGAUAUUUUUAUCCUGUUCUCCUGGAUUUGUUUCUCCAUACUGUUUUCUCUGGUCUCAAUUACAGGUUGGAUCUCACGAAAAAAAUAAUGUCAAAGACAGAAAUAUUUUGCCACUGUUGAUUACUAUACCUUAAAGUUCUAUAUUAUGAAAAUAUAUAAUAGCUUGUAUGC